AUGAACCGUAUUAUCGACAUCACUGGAGAAACCGCUGAGAUAUCGCUACCUAUAGUGAAAUUUCCUCCAUUAUCAUUAACUGCAUUACUAGUGGAAAAGGACCCGGUAGUAUGGGCGCAUUUAUUAGAAACAUAUGUGGAAUAUUUUGAAUUCUUGAUGACCAAUAAUAAUCUAGAACAAUUAGAUGCAUCAACGUUCGAUCAUCUUUGCAUUUUCAUCAGAAGUUACAUUCAUGAGAUGGCUCUGAACGUGGGUAAUUUGGCCAGUCUUGGUAUGAAUCAUGACGUUACGGAACAAUCAUUCAAAUUAAGGUGUUGGAUAUUCCAAAUGAUUAAAGAUUGUGGGUUGUUACAUCUACAAAUUUAUGGGGAGACACUAUGGGAUUUAGUUAAAUUAUUUGUGGAGGAGAAUCCUGUUUCCGUACGAUCUUUGAUCGACUCAUCAUUGAAACCAAAGAUUAAUACACAGAAGGCGCAAUUGAAUAGGAUACAUCAAUUACAACAACAAUUGAAACAUAUUAUAGAAUCUGGGAAUUUUACAAGAGUGGAUUUGAAAGCGUUCCAAGCUUUGUUGAGUAAGAAGUCUCUGAAACCAAAUAAAUUUUCUGAGCAAUUCUUGACACCUUCAUGGGUCGAAACCAUUGAAUUGCUGUGGGCUAAGGGUAAAGGUAGAGCGAAUGUGAUUGCUAGACAAUUAUUAAUUACCACUUUAUUGUCCGUUCCAGCAAAGUCCAUUGCUAAUGUUAUGAAAGAGUUAGGUAUAAGUGAUAUCGAUACACUAUUGUUAUAUCCUUUACUAGGUUGUAUCUUAAUAAAUGAAAAAUUCCAAGCAAGAAUACCUAACUUAUUAUCAACAGUUGGGUUCCUGAACGUUACAAACAAUGACCAAACAACAGAUGACAACGUUGAUUCUAUAAACGAUGACUUUCCCCAGGAUAUCAAUAGCAAUGAAGCAGAACCUUUCCAAAUACAAAUUAAACAAGAAGACUUGAAUGCAUUAGGUGAGUUGUUCCCAGGCUUAUCGAAUUAUCAAAAGACUGUCCUAUUACAGAGAUACGAUUCUAAUGUUGAACUAGUAACGAAUCUUCUGUUUGAAGAUCCUUCCAUAAUCGAUAAUAUACCACAAGUGAAUCCUUCUGAACCUAAAGCUGUUAAAAAUAGGCAAUCAGCCAAGAAAAUUGUUUCAUUAGAUAAAGAGGAUGAAACUCAAUCAGAAUUAGAAUUAGAUACCAACCACAUCAAAUCAGCAUCGAAGAAUGAAAUGGCAAGUAUAACGAAGAAACAUGUCCCAGAUGAAUUACGUAAUAAGACAUUAACAAGGGCGUUGAAAUUACUUUAUGAUGAUGAUGAAGACGAAAGAGAUGAUACAUAUGAUGAAGCAGAAGUGAAUCGUUCUAAUACCAAGAUUGGAUUAGACACAGAUAAUGAUAACGACGGAGAUGUUGCUGAAGAGACCUCGCAACAAACGAAAAAGACUGCAGCAAGGUAUGACGCUAUUGAAGGUUAUUUAUGGCAGUUAUUGAAAGAGGAUAAAUCAUUAUUUGAGAGAUCUAAGAGAGGUUCGAAAGUAAGGAAGGAUAUGAAACAACAAACUAACUGGUCUGAUGAACAAAUAGAAGGUUGGUCGCGUAUGUUGGAAAGAUCUCCUCAGAGAGCAAGGAUUCUGGAAGAGAAGUUCAUGUUUAGAGGGAAUAAAAGAUCAGGAAAGACAUCGUUUGUACAAAAUAGAGAUCAAGAUACGGAUCAAGAACUGCCUUCUCGAGGACCAUCAUGGACGCCAAAACAACAAAGUAAUGCCAAGAAUAAUCGUGAUCAUAAUAGAAACUUGCGGAAGAAGGCAAAUAAUAGUACUGAUAAAAAAAGUGAGGAAAAUAAUGGUACCAAAAGUGAUAAGAACAAGGUCCAGCAGGAACGUAAAAAUCCUGACACUAAAUCUGAUACCAAGACUGAAGCGAACACUGAGAAUGGAACAAACAAGAAUAAGAAGAAGAAGGCCUCCAAAUCUAGUCAUAAUAGAAAAUCAGGAUUUAGAUAG